AACUCUUCUCAUGAACAAAAAGUUAAUAAAGAAAAUCUGAAGUGUAGCCAGAGCCAGCGGACUAUUCCUAGUACAUUAUCUAUGAAUGAUUUUAAAAUUGGGCGACAGAUUGGCAAGGGUAAAUAUGGUCGCGUAUAUCUGGCGAUUUAUAAGGCAAGUGGGUAUAUCGUCGCACUGAAAAUUCUGCUAAAACAAGAGUUACAACAUGAAAAACUCUUGAAACAAUUGGAGCGAGAGGUUGAAAUUCAGGGCAAUCUUGAUCACCCUAAUAUCCUCAAACUUUAUGGCUAUUUUCAAGAUGAUAAAUAUAUUGUCAUGAUUUUGGAAUUUGCACAAUAUGGAACGUUAUAUGAUUUUCUCAAACAAUCACAUCGUAUUACUGAGGGACGAUCGGCACGGAAGCACAUUAUUCAUCGAGACAUUAAGCCUGAGAAUUUGUUAAUUGGACGAAAUGGUGUGAUCAAACUAGCUGAUUUCGGAUGGGCAACAUACGCCCCAAAUUUAUCAAGGCGAGUAGUUGACGAAUGGCCAAUAAAACUUGGAAUUGUUUGA